CAACAAGCAAUCCCGAGAAGAAUGUAUUUACUCUUUAAGCUUUAGAGAAGAGAUUUCUAUAAGAACUCACCGAACACAACACUUUUCAGAACCAGAGGCAAUCAAAUUUAAGCCCAUCAGAUUUUUAUUUUUUAUUUUAUCUUCAUCUGCAGCUUCAUAACCCGUUAUGGACAUCGACAGGCGCAUGCUCCCGUACAGGGGUAUAACUCCAGUGGCAUACCUGGCUGGCCUCGUGGCCUUAAUUCUCAUGCUUGUCUGGUUGUUGCAUUAUCGAGAGGGCCUAGAAUAUGAUUCCGACAAUCCAUAUCGAGUUUUCAACGUUCACCCGUUUCUUAUGUUGUUUGGUCUCGUUUAUAUUGCUGGCCAUGCGAUAAUGGCAUACAAGAUGGUACCAGGGAGUCAUAAUGUUCAGAAGUUUGUUCACAUGUUACAAAACCUGGUUGCUAUAUGUCUGGGAAUUAUUGGGAUAUGCGCUGUUUUCAAGUUCCAUGAUAUGCUAAAGAUCGAAGAUAUGUAUAGCUUGCAUUCAUGGAUUGGGAUAUCCACCAUAUGCUUGUUUUGCUUUCAGUGGGUGUUUGGUUUCGUGACAUUCAUGUUUCCACGAGCUUCAACACACACAAGGGUUAGAGCUCGCCCGUGGCAUGCAGCUUUGGGCAGGGCACUCCUGUACAUGGCAAUUUGCGCUGCUCUGACUGGGUUGAUGGAGAAAGCUACCUUGCUGAAGCAAAAUAAUCAAGCUAGUCAACGUGAGCUGCAUUUGGUCAACUUUACCGGACUGUCAAUCCUACUCUUUGGCAUCUUUGUUGAUCUUUCUGUUGCUUAAGCUGGACGCUUCCCGUGUUAAAUAUUAGUGAUUUCUAUAUUUUUCCUUUGUCACAA